AUGAGGUGGAUUUUGACCCUUAUCAGUUUUUGCGCUCAGGCUGAAGUUUCUAGACGGAGGAUUGAUCCUUCUUGUCCUGACGCUGAUCUUGGCGAACUAUGCGACGAAGACUGCUUUGAAAAGUGGAUCAAAUGCAAGGAUGGCUGUUUGAGCUCUUCUUGCGAGCGCCAAUGCGCUGGAGAAUGGACCGACUGCUACCGAGCUUGUCCAUGCGACGAGCUCUGCCCGAACGGUUGCGAGAACUGCGCGAAUCCGAUUUGCAGCUGUAAAAGCCCUGAGAACGAUCCGUAUUUCAAACAAUGUCUGAAAGAGGCGAGAGGACGAUUAGACGAUUGUUUCGAAUCCUGUGCGACGAAUAACACUUGCUAUGAUGGCUGCUAUGACGUGUUCGAAGAUGAAAAAAGCUUCUGUCCAUGCAUGGAGAAAUGCCCAAUGGGCUGUUCUUGUGAUUGCGGUUUUAAAUGUCAGACUCAUGUGACAGUGCUUUGCCAGGGGAGAACAGACAUUAGCGCUUUACCAAAUUUUAGUUAUUUGAUUUCUGCUGAUGGAAGUUUCAAGAUUUCAAUAUUAUCUGGCUGUAAAAUUAUAAAUACCGAAAUUCAACUUGUUAAUUCUUUCGACGCUGUUUACGGAUCCCUCGCAACUGUUUCUGCUGGAACUGAGUCCGUUAUCUUAUGCAGAGGUCGUUCGGCAGAUUGCGAAAGCUUUAACGGGGAAAAAUCUCAAUCUAUAAGUUCUACACAAAUUAAUCAUGAACGUUCUUGCAUGGUAGAAUUUGAAAAUGCACCGAUGAUCAUUGGAUCUUAUUCACCGACUUCAAAUCGUGUAGAAAUUCUUACUUCAAGCGGUUGGCAAGAUACUACUCCUCAUCCUCGACAGAUUUAUUCCCAUACAUGUCUUUCUGUCUCAAAUGGAGUUCUUACCAUUAGUGGAAUCUUGAAAGAUGACAAUGUCUGGUUUUAUACGAAAAAUGUUUAUCUCCUCCGUGAUGAUCAAUGGGCAAAAGUCGGUGUUUUGCAAUCAGUUUACGGUCUUGCGUCUUCAAUUCAUUUUGGCGAUUAUUUUCUUGUUUUUGAUGGUGUUCAAACCCGAAACGUGGAAAGGGCACUGUGGGAUGGUCAGAACAUAACUUCUUCGAUGAUCAUAAACAAGCAUGAAGGAGACUGUUAUCGGCCGAUUAUCUUCGAAUCCGAUCCAGAUUCCUGUAUAGAAGGUUGUGAUGAUUUCUGUUACUAUUAA